AUGCUUGCCACCUGCGAAAUGUCAUCCAUGCUUGCGCGCUAUGGACUCGGGAUUCAGUGGCCAACUGAUCCUGCAAAGAACGGGCGCCCAGCAAAUGCCAAAUGCCAUGCUGUAAACACGGCUAUCCCACCAUCCGUCUUACACCACACCUCCCAAGCGCAGCUUGCGAACGCUGAAGCCGGCUGCUUCUCCAGAAUGCGCGCCUCUCUCGUAGAGAAAGACCAGCAAUUGGACGGCAGGGAAACAGCAUUGGCAGCUCUCAGGACAGCAUUUGCAUUCCAAGCCGCCGCUAGGCAGCUUACCUCCAGGAAGUUGAGGCGCCGCAUGCCGACCCCAGGACCCCUUGGACUAGCACGCUUGACCUUUAUGGGCCCCAACUAA